AUGGCAUGGAAUUGUUGGGGUUUGGGGAAUCCCCCAACAAUAAGAGCAUUAAAAACAUUCCUCAGAGGUAUUGAUCCAUCAAUCUUAUUCUUGUUUGAAACAAAAAUGUCUGAGAAAGUGUCUUUACAGCGUAUAUCUCAAUUUGCGUUUCAAAAUCAUUGUAUUGUUGCUUCUAUGAGAAGAAGUGGAGGACUUUGGCUACUUUCGAAAGAUGAUCUAAACAUUGAAAUAGUUUCCCAGACUUUUAAUCUUAUUCAUGCAACAGUUCAAGGCGGUGACGGAAGGGGCUCUUGGCAUUUAUUUUGCUUAUAUGGCCCUCUUAUUGCUUCUCAUAGAUCUAAUUUCUGGAAAAACAUGACUUCUUAUGCUCAGCAGUUCAAUGGUCCUAAAUGUUUCAUAGGCGAUUUCAAUUCAAUUGUCUCCAAUGAAGAAAAGUGUGGUGGUCUUCCUGUGUUAAACUCUAAUAUCUCUUGUUUUAAUGAUUUCAUCCAAAUGAAUCACCUGAUAGAUUUGGGAUAUAAGGGUCCUGCCUAUACGUGGACAAAUGGAAGAGAGAUUAAAGGCUUAAUAAGACAGCGUCUUGAUAGGGUUCUAGCAAAUCCGGAAUGGAAUAUUGCAAGAGCGCCGCCAAAUUAUAAAUUUGAAGCUCAUUGGCUUUCGCAUCCUGAAUUUCUUCAAAAGGUAGAAGAAUGUUGGUCCUAUGACAAUGAUGCAAAUAUUCAAUCAAAACUGAGAAUACUUGGUUCCUUUCUUAUUGAAUGGAGCCGCAGAAGAAUUGGCUGUAUCAAACGUAAAAUUUCAGUGUUGAAAACCAAAUUACUAAUAAUUCAAUCUUGGCGUCCUUCUGAUGCUAAUAUCCAAAAAGAAAAAUUGGCGAUGGCUCAUCUUAAUGAAUAUUUGAUCAUGAAGGAUGCUUACUGGGAUCAAAGAAUGAAACAACGAUGGGCGAAGAGUGGAGAUAGGAACACGGGACACUUUCAUCUUUCAAUUCAACAUAGAAGGAGGAAGAAUAAAAUUAGUCAUUUGUUGAAAAAUGAUCAAACAUGGACUUCAGAUCAAAGUGAAAUUUCUCGUGAACUUAUACAACACUUUAAGUCCAUAAAUCAAGAGUCAUCCACUACAGAUCCACCACAAUUCAGUAUUCAAGGUCAGGCAGUAUCUAACUUAGAUAAUGAUGAGUUGUGUAGAAUUCCGUCAAUAGAUGAAAUUUAG